GUGUGUGUGUGUGUGUGUGUGUGUGUGUGUGUGUGUGUGUGGUGCUGUUACAGGAAAUAGCCAACGACAGGGUGGUGGUGUCGUGAAGCGGAGUUCCUGUUAUUAUCUCAAAGUUUAUUUUAUUAUAUAGUAUUUUAUAUCAGUGUUUUAAUCCUCUUCACCACAGCAAUUUUCCAACUAUUACAAUUUAUCUUUCUUAGAGAAUGACUCAUCUUGUGUUUUUAUCCUUUUCUAGCUACAUUUAUUUUUUUCUAACCAAAAGAACAUAAAGGUUCCUAGUGAGCACAGAGAAGAGGUUUAUAUUAAAAUAUAUAUUUUGGAACCGUAAAGUGAGAAAGAAAAUUAAAGUAAUCCCAAGAUAUAAUUCAAAAUAAAAGUGCUAUUACUUUUUUUUCUUUCUUUCUUUUUUUUAAAUAUAAGAGUCUUGUUUGCAAACACACCAGGUCUGAAUUUAUUUUAGUUAAUUAACUUUACUAUACAGGAUUAUUAGUUAUUAUUAUUAUUAUUUAGACAUAGUUAUAAGUCUGAUUGACUGUUUAUUGGAAUUAAAAGGCUUUAAUCUAAACCUCAGUUGAACUAAUUAUAAAGUAUUCUAUUAAAUUCGUUUAAUAUGAAUUAUUUUAAAUAUGUUUUAGAGACAGACGGAUAGAUAGAUAGAUAGAUAGAUAAUGUUCAUAAAAUAAAUGACGUCACUUUCUUUACAGAAGUUACGUGUAUCUAAGUUACAACUAAUUAAAUGUAAUGUAUUUAUUCAUUUAAUGAUUAUUGUACUGUAAUAACUGUAUAUAAUGUAAUAGUUUUAAAAGAUAAAUUCAUUCUAACUAAUAAUUAAAUGUUAGAUGUCGCUGUUUGUUGAAUUUUUACGCAUGAGCAGUCUAACCAGCUUCCCUCUGGGUUUGUUGUAUGUCCCGCCUUCGACGCUACGAUUGGCUAGAAAUUCAUCCAGGGGUAAUGCUUGAUUGGUUGGCUGCUUGUGACCGUGCACUAUUGGCCAAUGUAAACGAAGAGGCGGGCUUUCUCCGUCUGGAAAUCGCUUCUACGUGUCUCUGGGGCAAAAGCAGAAGUGCGUGUUUGCACGUCCGAGGGUUAGUGCGUUAAACCCGUAUUUGAUCAGCUUCAUCUCCGCUGUGUGAAGGACUGCAGGUUCCUGGGAACAUGGGGGAAACGCGGUUACCAACACACAUGUUUCUGUGGAGUCUUUCUGCCGUCUACAUGUUCGCCUUCGCCUCAGUUUAUGUGCAGAUUCCCGGACUGUACGGUAACGAGGGCAUUCUCCCGGCGAGGUGGAAACUGCGGGUGGUGGGGAAGAGCUUGUGGGAGCGGCUGAGGGACACGCCCACUCUGCUGUGGUUCGGUCCGCAGCUCGGGCUCGACACGCAGCACUGCAUGGAGCUGCUGAGCCUGAGCGGAACGGUUCUCAGCCUUGUGGCCAUGACGGUUCCCGCCCUCAGAGACUGCAGGCUUUACCUCAUCCUGUGGGUUCUCUACCUGUCUCUGUACCAGGUCGGCCAGGUCUUCUUAUACUUCCAGUGGGAUAACCUGUUGUUAGAGGUGGGCUUCCUGGCCGUCCUCAUCGCCCCCAUGAAAAUGCCGUGGGUGUGCAGGUUGGGUUUCCACGACGGCGUGACCUUCUGGCUGCUCCGCUGGCUGCUCUUCCGCCUGAUGUUCGCUUCCGGGGUCGUCAAACUGACCAGCCGCUGCCCCACCUGGUGGGGUCUCACAGCGAUGACGUAUCACUACGAGACGCAGUGUAUCCCGACGCCUCUGGCCUGGUUUGCCCACCAGUUGCCCGUGUGGUUUCAGAAACUCAGCACCGUCGGCACCUUCGUGAUCGAGAUCGCGGUGCCGUUCCUCUUCUUCAGCCCCAUCCGCCGACACCGACUGUUUGCUUUCUACAUGCAGGUCUUACUGCAGGUGCUGAUCAUCCCGUCUGGGAAUUAUAACUUCUUUAACCUGCUGACCAUCAUGCUGUGUUUCUCUCUGCUGGACGACGAACACGUCGGCUUCUGGCUCUGCAGACGCACGCAAGCGAAGGAGAAGAGUUCCCUGCAGGCCGCGUUGGCGUGGGUGUGUGUUGUGGUCGAAGUGUGCGUUUACGCACUGCUCGGCUACUGGACCGUCCUCUACUUCGACCUGAAGGUGGACUGGGACAAGAAAAGAGUCUUCUCUAAAACAGCCUUCACACACUAUGAGUUUCACAGCUUCCUGAAGGCCGUGAUGGUGCCCAGUAUUUGGAUCGGGGUUCUGUCUCUCACCUGGGAGAUCAUCACUGCCAUGUUCAGGAGUGCGUGUGUGAGAGGUGUGUUUUGGCGUCUCUGGACUACGAUGCAGUGGGGCAUCUUCUCUGCAGCAGCAGCCUCCAUGUUCGCCAUCAGCCUGGUUCCAUACACCUACCUCGAGUCCCAGGCUCACUCUAACCUCUGGCCAGGUGUGCGCAAGGCGUUUGAGUUGACUGAUCACUUUCAGCUGGUGAACUCGUACGGUCUGUUCCGGAGGAUGACGGGGGUCGGAGGUCGUCCCGAGGUCAUCAUAGAGGGCAGCGUGGACGGCAGCACGUGGACGGAGAUCGAGUUCAUGUAUAAACCAGGGAACAUGAGCAGAGCGCCCCCGGUGGUGAGUCCUCAUCAGCCCCGACUCGACUGGCAGAUGUGGUUUGCGGCUCUCGGACCUAGCACGCAGAGCCCGUGGUUCAGCAGCCUCGUACGCAGACUCCUGCAGGGGAAGAGGGACGUAAUAAAGCUGAUCCAGAGAGACGAGACUCAGUACCCGUUCAUUGCCCAGCCUCCGGUCUACAUCCGUGCUCAUCGCUACAAGUACUGGUUUACCGAGCCUAAAGAGGAUGGGUCAUUACCUCCGAGGUGGUGGAGGAGGAUCUACGUGGAGGAGUUUUAUCCGCCGGUGCGUCUCGGCGAUGCGGUCCUGGAGGAUACGCUGACUCAGCACGGCCUCAAUAUAAAGGAUAAAUCCCCCACACGGCGUGCUUCUGGUGGGUGGCUCGUGCAGAUGCUGCAGUCUGUAGGUGAACACGUGAGGGACGUUCCUGCUCACGUCCUGUUGUGGACCCUCUUCAGUUCAGCAGCUACUGUGUGUCUGAUCAACUGUCUGAUCUCACACACUCGUCCCCCGACACACACACACUCCCGAGAGGAGGAGGAGGAGGAGGAGGAAGUGAAGGAUGUGAAGGAUGUGGAGGAGGAACAGGAAGAGGAAAUGGAGCAGGAGGAAGAUGAGAAAGAGGAGUCUAUAAAGAGAAGUGAUGAGAGCGAGGGAGUUGAUGAUGGCGAGACGGAGGAGAGUGUGCGGGACAGGAAAUGAAACCCCUCUUCCCUCCGCUCUCGUGCUGCACUUUUGUAAUUUUCUAAAAGAAUCCUAAAUUAAAUUUAUUCCUAUUAUUAAACUCCUCACCUGAGUCCCACCGCCACACCACCCCGGGCCAUACGCAGAAAUAUCACCAUCCUUACACGCUUUUGCAAAACGCACUGGAACUUUAAAUUACUCUACAAACAAGAAAUUGUAGGUAAAGAGUUGGGAAUGAAACACUGGACCGAGGUGUUGGAGCUGAACGCAAACACUUGCGAUCUCGUGACAUCAGGGUCGUAUUCCCAGCACUUAAACUCUUCCACUCAAGCUUUAGUGCUUGAUUUCUGUCCCAUAUUUAAUCUCACACACACACACACUUUUAAUCCUGUGCCUCGUCUGUAAGCUCGUAUUAGAAAUAAACGAUGAACGGUUCAUUAAUCUGCAGUUUUCUCCAGGAUCCUGAUUUGGUGGUCAGAUUUAUCACCUGCAUGACAAUCUGCUCUCAUCUCCUCAUCACUUCCUCCGCCUCGUUCAUGCACCUGCUCGUUUAUUCUACUCCAUUCAUCACUACAGCACUCCGAUUGUGCCUUUCUUUCUUUCUUUCUUUCACUUCAUUUCUUCAUGCUGUUUUUUUUCCCCUCCGAGUUCGCUCGGACGUUUUUGUAACAUGAAGAAAAACACUUCGUUGUACGUUUUAUAAUAAAACCGUUCACACCACGCUGCUGCUGAGUUCUGGACUGUGAUCGGGUCAGGAGGUGGGGAUUAGUUCUCUAUAACGGCGGCUCUGGCGGUGGCGCAGGUUUAUAUUGACGCCCUCGUUAUCGUUUCUAUAGUAACCGCUCGUUCACAGGGACGUGUACAGAGGACACUCUACUGAGUUUUAAAGCGUGUAACGUGACCCGCUGCGUCACUCAGGUAUAAUGUGUAACUUCUGUAACGAUAAACAGAUAAGAAAUUGUCAUUCUUUAAUAAAUAGAAAAUAGUAA